AUACCUGAAGGGAGGGGUCUUCUAUCUCGUGCUCACCUGAAAAGCGGCUCUGUCCCAUUCCGCAGUGGACUAGAGAGGAAGUGUGAGCAAUAUAUCGGAUUUUGGUUUGGUGAAGCCAUGGAGAACACAUGGGAGUUGUCAAUCCUAGUGGACCAGCGGGAAGGAGAUGAGAGUAUGAAGUUUAGAAUUCGGGUGAAGGGAGACCUUCACAUUGGAGGGCUUAUGCUAAAACUUGUGGAGAAGAUCAAGGCUCCACAAGACUGGUCUAAUCAUGCUCUGUGGUGGGAACGGAAGAACUGCUGGCUACUAAAAACUCACUGGACACUAGACAAAUAUGGUGUGCAGGGAGAUGCUGAACUCCGUUUCACCCCCCAGCACAAAGCUCUGUGUUUACAGCUUCCUAAUAUGAAGACCAUCAAACUGCCAGUCAGUUUCUCAUCAGUGGUCUUCAAAUCUGUAGCAGAAAUCUGCCGAACACUCAACAUAAGAAGAUCCGAAGAAUUGUCCCUCUUAAAACCACCAGAUGAUCCAAAAAAGAAAAAGAAAAAAGAUAAAGCUAAGGAUAUAGAUGAUGACAUCAUAGACAUGGAUGUUGUUGGUGGGACAGCUGGAACUGGACACUACAGUAGGACAAUGACUGCAACCUAUGACCCUGAUAACGGGACUCCUAUGACUUCUACAAGCCUGUGGUUUGGAGAAAACCCUUUCAGUUCUAGCCAACCUAAUGUGCCUCCAGAUGAGCUGGCCAAGAUGUAUCAGCCUCUUAGUAUGGAGGACAAAGCUACCAUCAAUGCAGGGUGGCUGAAUUCUUCAAGCUCUUUAAUGGAGCAGGGUAUCCAGGAAAAUGACAGACUCUUACUACGCUUCAAGUAUCACUGUUUCUUUGACCUUAAUCCAAAGUAUGAUGCAGUAAGGAUUACACAGCUGUAUGAACAGGCACGCUGGUCCAUUCUGCUGGAGGAGAUUGAGUGCACUGAAGAGGAGAUGCUCAUGUUUGCCUCUCUGCAGUAUCACAUAUGCAAACUGACCAUGUCAUCCAAACCUCCGGACCUAUCUGACGAGACUGAUAUUGAUGAAGUAGAGGCAGCCCUCUCUCAUUUAGAGACUACGCUUGAAGGACGGAGCACAGACAAGAUUCUGGAGGAUAUCACAGAUAUUCCCAAGCUGGAAGACACUUUAAAACUAUUUAGGCCCAAACGACUACUUCGGACUUUCAAAGAUUACUGGUUUGUGUUUAAAGACACCAGUAUUUCCUAUUUCAAAAACAAAGAUUCAGCCAGCGGGGAGCCCAUAGAACAGCUACAUCUGCGAGGCUGUGAAGUUGUUCCAGAUGUCAAUGUGACAGAAAAAAAGUUUGGCAUCAAGCUUUUGCUGCCUGUUGCUGAUGGAAUGAAUGAGGUGUAUAUUCGCUGUGACAAUGAGAUGCAGUAUGCCAGGUGGAAAGCUGCCUGUAUUCUGGCCUCUAAAGGCAAGACGAUGGCAUACAGCUCAUACCGCACUGAGGUGAAGAACAUCCAGUCCUUUCUGCAGAUGAAGAGUUUAGCGCCCCCACCGGGCCAAGCGGCUCCCGAUGUGGACUCCAUGGACAUGAAUGCAGAAUGCUUUGUUUCUCCACGAUACUCCAAAAAAUACAAGGCUAAGCAACUGACCUCACGGAUUUUGGAAGCGCAUCAUAACAUUUCCCAGCUUUCGCUCACAGAGGCUAAAAUGCGUUUUAUCCAAGCAUGGCAGUCUUUACCAGAGUUUGGUAUCAAGUACUACAUAGUGAGAUUCAAAGGAAUUAAGAAAGAUGAUAUACUGGGCAUCUCGUUCAACCGGCUGAUUCGAAUUGACAUGACCACACGCCAGCCGCUGACCACGUGGAGAUUCGCCAAUAUGAAACAGUGGAAUGUGAACUGGGAGAUCAGACAGGUGACUAUUGAUUUUGACCAGGGUGUUACAGUAGCUUUCACCUGUCAGAGCUGUGACUGCAGAGUGGUUCACGAAUACAUCGGAGGCUACAUUUUCCUCUCAACACGAUCCAAAGACCAAAAUGAAACACUAGAUGAAGAACUCUUCCACAAACUUACAGGAGGGCAAGAAUAGUUCUGGAAACUACUGAGAGUUUUAGAUUGACCUGAAAAUUUCAGCUAAGCAAAAGCUUAAAUAUAGUCAUGCGGUUUUGUUGAUUGUGUGCACAUGAUUGUUCAGCCACAACUGAUCACAUAUUAAUUACAUUUAAUAUGUUUAAUAUGUGUUCAUCAUGCUAUCAUGCUGUGAUUUUUUUCUUAGAGGGAUUUCAUCUUUAUCUUGUUUUGUUGUUCUGAUUGUCCACAAGAAAUAAAACAUGCUACAAACAAGUA